GGAGGAGGAGGAAGAAGAGGAGGGCUGAUGUGAGCUGAUCAGCGGCAGGUCUGAUGAUGAUUAUGAUGAUGAUGAUGAUGAUGGUGAUGAUGAUGAUGGUGAUGAUGGUGUGAGUCAGACAGCGGAGGGUUCAGGAUGCUCACAGCCGCUCCGGAGUAGACAAACCCCGCAGACGCACACGCACGCAGCCCGGGAGGAUCCGCGGAGACACGCCUACAGGUCACUGAUCCCCAGCAGCAGAUAGACUCCAGCUCCCAGAAUGCCAGAGCAGAGUAACGACUACCGGGUGGUGGUGUUCGGUGCCGGCGGCGUGGGGAAGAGCUCGCUGGUGCUUCGGUUUGUGAAAGGCACCUUCAGAGACACCUACAUCCCCACAGUGGAGGACACCUACAGACAGGUGAUCAGCUGUGAUAAGAGCGUCUGCACGCUGCAGAUCACAGACACAACAGGAAGCCACCAGUUCCCCGCCAUGCAGCGCCUCUCCAUCUCCAAAGGCCACGCCUUCAUCCUGGUCUACUCCAUCACCAGCCGCCAGUCUCUGGAGGAGCUCAAACCCAUCUACCAACAGGUUCUGGCCAUCAAAGGCACCGUGGAGUCCAUUCCCAUCAUGCUCGUGGGCAACAAGAGCGACGAGAUGGCCCAGCGCGAGGUGGAGACGAAGGAGGGCGAGGCCCAGGCCACCUCCUGGAAGUGUGCCUUCAUGGAGACGUCGGCCAAGACGAACUCCAACGUGAAGGAGCUGUUCCAGGAGCUGCUGGCCCUGGAGAAGAAGAGGGACAUGAGUCUGAGCAUCGACGGGAAGCGUUCAGGGAAACAGAAACGAGCCGACAAGCUGAAGGGAAAGUGCAGCAUCAUGUAGAGCGACGGCGGCUGAAGAGGACUCGCCGAAGAGGAAACGCCAGAGGAAGCAGCACUUCUUCUUCUUUGGUGCCUGUCCACCGUCUGUGUGAACACUGGAGCCCAGACGAACAAAAGAACGACUGGAAUAUUUAUAGCAGGGCCUCAGGAGGCUCCUGGCCUGAACUGGAAUGUGUUUGUCAUGCAAAAAUGUUCAUAAAAACAUUUAGACACUCAGCUAACUGCUGCCACCAUUAACACUCACUCUGACCUUUUAAUAAAGGAAUACUUCACUGAUUUUGCUCUGAAUGUUGGACCAAAAAUUAGAUCAAGUGCAGCUGGGGUUUAUUGCAACAGAUUUUUUGGCUAAACAUAAUCAAUUACUAUGAUUACAGCCCAUGUGUCUGGUUUGUUCUCUGACCCAUAAUGGAAGAGGAGAGCCAGAGCUUUUUCUGUGCAAAAGAAUUUUAUGGCCCCCAACAGGAAAAUCAGCAACACCAAAAAUGAUAAGAAUUGGGAAUCAUUUUUUAUUUUUUUUAGCCAGUUUUGUUAGUUGAGCUUUCAUUUGCACACAUCACAGGCAUCUUUGUUUGUUAAAUGAUCAGAAAUAAUAGGAAAUGCAGCGAUUUCUGUCAAAUCAGGUAACGCAUAUUCGUUGCCUCUAUUUUAAGCAGACCAAUCAAGAUUAAUGUCGCCCUGCAAAAACCCAUUCUGAACCUGGAAGCACCUUUUAAAUAUCUGUGAUCACAUCCUGUGAUUGCUUCAGGAGCUUUCUCCCCUUGUUUAUUAAUUCAUUCAUUAAAGUCGUGCAGAUAAAAAGCAGUGAAGUAUUUCUUUAUCUGAUGAGACUAACAGCGUCAUGAUUCCCUCCUCGGCGGUCCUGGCUGUAAUCUACGGGAUGUUUUCAGCUCGGAGGCGACUCGGCUUCCUGCUGUCAUUAGACGAACGCCUACAAAUGUUCUAGCAGCCUCCGCGUGAACGCACUCUGAUGACCCGAAGGCCUGCAGGGGAAACAGCAGACACUCACGUUUACACAGCUGGAAACUUUAAAAAGUAAAGUUUUCAUGGAUACUGGACUAAUUAUCUGUUUGCAUCAACACGCAGCUCCAGGGAAGCAUGCAGCUGCGAGAAAUGUACAUAUAUGAUUUAAAGGAACAGUCCAGCAUGUCGGUAACGCUGUCAGCCGUCGACAGUUUCAUCUCUGUGUGUCCACUACAACGGUAGAGCUCAGCACAAAGACUGGAAGCAGAGGGAAACUGUUAGCCUCGCUCCAUCACAUGAACUUAAAAGUUAAAGGGUGACAGAAGACAUUUAAUGGCUGUUUAAAAUAUUUCUUGUGGUUUCUGUAAUUUAUCUAAUUUUAAACUUGACAUCUGGUCAAUAUACUCCAUCAUCCAUUGUGUCUUUUCUGGAUCAACACAUUUGUCUGUAAAAUUUAAGCAAAUGGCGAAAAAUCAUUGUUUCCUGAAGCCCAAAAUGACAAAAUGAAAUCGGACAAUUUUCAGCUUAGAUUUCCCCAAACAGAAGAUUUGUUCAAGGACCAUUGGAAAGUCAGAAAUGUGACAAGUCUCUCUGAUUUUACGCUUUCUGAGAGAUAAGUGGUGUCAUUUAGGUAAUACUUUAGAAGAUAACAUGCCUUUCAAACCAAAGAGGGUUAAUGAGAUUACAGGGUGCAGCUCCCCUGACAUGCAGGCCUAAAGGUCAGGAUAAAAACCACUGACAAGAGUAGAUGAUGGUACAAUCUCCUCCUGAAUGAUCCUUACAGACAGAAGUCUAGUCUAAAUGGAGCUACAACAUUAUACUCUCAGAUGAAGCUCUGCAUGCAGCUAGCACUGACAACCGUUCCUGUGUUUAUGUUAGACUUCCACAUUUUCCUGACACAAUAGACAUAUUAGUAAGAAAUGCAAACGUGGAAAUACACAGAAGACUCCGUGGACUUUUCUCUGCACUGAUAUUCAUCUUGUCAUCACAACAAGCUAAAUGUUGGACUGUUCCUUUAACUAACAGGAAAACUGCCCGAGCUGUUGUUGUGCAUCUGAAAUGCCUUUCCUACGUUUUACUUGACAGUUUUGUAAAUGAUCUGAUUGUAAGUGAGCUUAAAACUUUAAAAAGCACAAACACAUGUUAACCCUCCUCAGACGGACUCGUGUUGUUUACAUGUCAGUGUGUCCACGCUGAUCACACGUGUGUGUUGCACUUUUGGAAGAAGCCGUGUGUUUUAUUUCUCUGUAAAAAAAAAAGCUCUUUAUUACUUUUCCUUCUGUCAGCUUCCCUCCAGCUUUAGCAAUAUUAAAAAAUGGCUGCUCUUUGUAUGCAGAAACUGUCUCAGAAA